GAGCUUGACUGGGGACCGUCUCUCAGCAUGGACCCAGAGCAGUGUGGUCCCAACCAGCGCCCAGCAGCUUGAACACGGAUCCGGAUCCGGACGGGACAGGAAUGCUGCUGUCUGGCAGGGGUCGCGUGCGCUGAUCAGGUAGAGAAAAGGACCGAGAUGCGUCACAGAGUCCCCGGGACAUAUCCGAGCCGAGUUAGAAGACAAAAGACGGUCCGAUCUCAGCGCAACAAGAGUCCAGCGCCAUGAAACUCAAUCCCCAACAAGCUCCGCUCUAUGGAGAGUGUGUGUUGACCGUUCAGCUCGAUGAUGAUGACGUGUGUCGUGCUGAGGGAGAGGACGAGGAAGAGGAGGAGGCGGAGUUUUACCUUUUAUUCUCGGGAUCCACACAGAGACACCUGAGCAGCACGCUGCGAGUCAGCCACGUCACACUGCAGGCUGUGUGUCCAGCCCAUAAUGUGUGUGAGCAGGUCUUGGUGACGUUGUGUUUGGCUCGGCCUGGCGCACCAGUGGAUACACACUCGCGGGAGACCUUCUGCUUCGUACAGGACUUGGCUCUGGACAUGGCCCACUUUCUGCUCGACAACAUAUCUCCACAGGAAGCAUUCCUAUUGGAUGAUGAGCAGAUUGGGUUGAAAGAGUGUGAGCGGUUGGACCAGAGCCUGGCCCUGGCCCUGAAAUACCUCAGCCUGCCCCCCCAGAGGACUGGACCCGCUUUGGACACACAGACGACACACACACCUGCACACAGUGGCACAGACGGGGACGACACAGAGACACAGCAGGAAGCUACGGCUAUGGAUGUCUCCACGCUGCUGGACAGCUGCACCGGCCGAUCUCAGUGCCAGCAGCUGUCCAGCCUGCUGCACGUGGCAGCCAGUCACGGUCUGAGGACAGUGGCGGCGUUGGUUCUGCAGCAGCCGGGAGGCCGGGAGGCGCUGAGGACGCCCGACGCCCAGGGACAGACUGCAGCCGCCGUGGCACGGAGCAGAGGACACCAGCAGCUGCUGCAGCUCUUCACACAGUAUGAGACGUCCUCAAAUGUCCAAGUGGAACUGAAGGAGCAGCCGCACGUCUACCCAGAAGGCCGAGUGUUUCAGCACCACGCCGCUCUUGGCACCUACACCCUGACCUUCCCGGGCCUGGGGCAGAGAGGCGGGGGCGGCGAAGACCGCUGCAUCCAGGAGGAGCUGAAGGAGCUGAGGAGACGCAUUGGUCUUCACAGGGACACACAGGGGAACUCUUCUGGUGCUGCGGCUCUCAGCCCUGCCUGUAGGCAGCAGCCCUGCGAGCAGAAUGCAGGGCUGUCAGCGGUAACCAUAGAGACCUGUAGCACAACAACAGAGGAACAGGGAAGUCCUCCGUCAUUGGAGGAGAGAGCCCGAGGGGAGGACUCUGCUGUCACUCAGACAUCCUGUAGCAGCGCAAGUCUUUGUCAGAGCCAGGAAGCUGCCAACUCUCCUGCCUCCCGCAACCGCAAAAACAAAAGAAGGGGUAGAAAGACUACGAGACGUGCAGCCGAAUCUCCAGGAAGUAACAGAGGCACCCCAGAGGUAGGCGGAGGGAUAGCUCGCAGGCCCACAAAGGCAACAGGGAGUGGGAGAGAGACCGAUGGAGCUACUUCACCUAGAGCAUCAGUGACAGCUCAGCGUGGUCCCGCAACAGAAGAGACUCCAUUACCCAGAAAGCCAGGGUCUGCAUCAGGCACCGAUGGGAAGUGCGCUGGCAGGAAGGCAGCGGCCUUGUCUACCGCCAUCAUCGUAGAAAAACAGGAAGUUGACCUGCUGAUGUGUGAGCGAGUUGCAGAGACAGAAACAGUGACACGGACAGAGCAGGGAGACACUGGACGUCUCCCGGCGGGACAAGCUGACGUCAAGUUUGCUGUGGAAUCAGCCGCAGAGAGGACAGUAACCAUGGGUCAGGAACAAUCCCAAGAUCCCCAGGAAAGUCAGCCGGGCUCGGAGGAGCCGAGCCAAGCUGACACCACGGACAACAGUCCUCAGUCUGGCAGGAGGACCAGCCCCAAGUCCCCGGACAGUGACCGAAAACCCCGCAGAGGCCUGUGGCGGGAUGGAGGCUGGAUUGGAAGCAGAAUGGGAUCAAUCCCACAGGGACCAGAAACCGUAGCAAAAACAGUGUGGUAUCAGGGUGAAAACCUGGACCAGGGCGCCAGUGAAGCCUGGAAGAACUCCCAGUCAGUUUGGUAUGAUGGUGACACAACAGAUCAGCGAACACAUGAACAGCUGGAGCAGGGAGUGACAAAGCAGAAAGAAUGCGACUGGAGCUCGGCCCAAGCUUCUGGUCUUAGUUCUCAAGUGUCCGCAGCUCUUAGUCAGCCACAUGCUGCUGGAACACAGCCAGCACUGUCACAAGGGCCGGGCGCACAAAGACGGGAAGUGCACGGAUCACAGCCAGAGGAGGAAGUAGGGCCAGAUUGGAAGGAGGGAGGAGUGGAGGGAGACGGAGAGGAGGUCACUAACAGAGAGACCAGUUACAGCAGACAGAGUUCUGAAAGAGCAGACACCGAAGAGGGAGGAGAAGAGAAGCAAGGGAGCCAAGAGAAAGCAGCAAAGAGCAGAAAAAAAAGGCGGAAUAAGAGGGGGAAGAGAGGGGGGGCAGAGGGCAAGCUUAGCUCCAGCUCCAGCAUCGAGUCUCAGAGUCGCAUCGAGAUAAAGACAGACCUAAAGACUCAGUCAGAGACCGAGUCAGAAGCCAGGGAUAGAACAGGAAGGGCAGAAGGCAAGUCUCCAACCCAGAGAGAGGAAACUGACAAGGACGCCAUGCUUCUACCCAGCCAGACAGAGGGCCAGACCAGGGGCGCUCAUGGCCCGGACUCUCCUAGUCCUAGUGAUACCCCUCCAGACUUCAGUCCGGCAGACCUGACUGAAAGUACAGCUUCCCAGACACCAGAAACAAAGGAAUUAUCAGAGGACAGCAAGCACUUUCAUGGACCUGAUCACUUCAACCCGGAUUCUAGCGUCGCUGCUUCAGAACUCGGUCAGAUGGACAUCAGAAAGGCAGACGUAGAGGACAUUACAGCUGUCCAACCAGUAAAAAAGGAAGUACUUGACCCUACAGAGCUGGAAUUAAAGGGGCUUGUCAGUCCGGUCCAACAAACCGUGGAUAACGUGGAGUCAAAUCCAUUGUCAGAAAAUGAGGAUUUGACGGUUGCUGGUCAAGCUGUAACGUCUGUGGAUCGGACAGGUUUGGUGGACUCUGACUGUCCAAGAGAAAUUCCUUUCAAGCUUUCAGAUCCUACGGAGUUCACCGAGAACUCGUUUCUUGUGGAAUUUCCUGUGGAUCCCAAGGGAAGACCUGUAGGAUUUAUGGAAUCUGUGCGUCCCGCAGAAGCUGGGGGUCUGCCAUCUGAAGGCACAGCGGAUGUUUUACCACUUCAAAUACGGGAAGGAAGCGCCGAGACUACCGCGAGGGGAUAUUCAGAGCAUUGUUUGGUCUCUGAGAUGCUGAGAGAUCAGCAGCACACAGACGAAAAGAGAAAUGAGUUGUGGGUGGGUAAAGAGGAAGCAGCUAAGAAAAGAAGGAGGAGGGAAGAAAAUGGCAGUGGCAUGCAUCGCAGGGAGUUGUCUUCCAUAGACGGAGAACAAGAGCAGGACUUCAAUGAAAACCUAGUUGGCACAGCGGUAGCGGUUGUAGCGGUAGCAAUAGCGUCAGCCGUGGCUAGCCUAGAGCUGAGCCAACAGUUAGCAGACAGUCAGUCAGAGCGUCAGGGGUCAGAGGAUUUACUCAACACUGUUCAGGCCUCACAGCUGAUGGACACAGACAGGUGUCCUCCGGUACCAUGUGAGACAGGACAGCAGCCUGUAGAGCAUUCACGACCUACUGAUCGGUUCCCCUCUCAACAAGCAGCUAAUGUUGAGAUAUCAGAGGUGGCGUUGGAGUGUGACACUGAGACAGGACGGCUUCCUGCAGCACGGCUAUGUUACAACCAGCCAGCUAAGCUGGACCUGUUUGUGCAUGCAGACACUCCCAGCUUGCCACAUCUCCACAAAGAGGAAAUCCAAAAAGAAACUACACAAAACAAAGUCUUUACACGUUCACCGCCUAAAGAAGAAGAAGACGGCCUACUCCGAGUUACUGGGAAACCUUUGCCAAAAGCAAACCAAAGCAUUACAUCCGAGGUAGACGGCGGGGGUCCCGUGCAGGUAGACGUCCAGCUGCAACAUCCAGAGGCUUCGGAGGAGAAUCCCACACCAGGAGAGCUUAGAGGCCCGCAGGAUCAGUCUGUCCGUCGGGAAGAAAGGGGGAUACAUGAUGAGGGUGACGUAGGAGGACAGCCGCAUGAGCAGGACAGUCCACACAGCUCGGAGUGUCAGCAGGACAGUCCACACAGCUCCAAGAGUCAGCAGGACGGUCCACACAGCUCCGAGUGUCAGCAGGACGGUCCACACAGCUCCAAGUGUCAGCAGGACGGUCCACACAGCUCCAAGUGUCAGCAGGACGGUCCACACAGCUCCAAGAGUCAGCAGCAGGACGGUCCACACAGCUCCGAGUGUCAGCAGGACGGUCCACACAGCUCCGAGUGUCAGCAGGACGGUCCACACAGCUCCGAGUGUCAGCAGGACGGUCCACACAGCUCCGAGUGUCAGCAGGACGGUCCACACAGCUCCGAGAGUCAGCAGGACGGUCCACACAGCUCCGAGAGUCAGCAGGACGGUCCACACAGCUCAGAGAGUCAGCAGCAGGACAGUCCACACAGCUCCGAGAGUCAGCAGCAGGACGGUCCGCACAGCUCAGAGAGUCAGCAGGACGGUCCACACAGCUCCGAGUGUCAGCAGGACAGUCCACCCCGAUCAGAGAGUCUGCAGCGUGUGUCAGACUGUCAGGAUAAAGAGCAGGACAGAGACCCACAGCUGGAGGCUCACCUUAAAACGUCCUGUGAAGGGGACAUUCCCACUUUGUCCCUUCCUAGCUGCUCAACACUUCCUGUUACCCCGCGUGACUCGACUCUUGCGGCCCGUCCCGGUCCAGAGGAACCGCCUGCCCCUGUGAAUGUGGAGACAGGAGAAUACCAGUCAUCCCAGGCAUCAGCAGACCGGAAGCUUGUCCCCGCUGGCAGUAGCACAGGUCCAGAGUCUGUUGCCAUGGAUACUGAAGACGCUCUGGAUGCAGUGGAUGGAUGGAAAGACAGAGAACGGAAUAAGAUGAAAAGUGAAGAGAAGGUCCCAGUGGACGUCCCAUCCCAGACAGCAGAAGAAGAAGAAGAAGAAGCAGAGCGCCAGCUGACCGGGAGACCCCCAGACGGCACACACCCUCUGCACAUCCAGAGGGAGAGGGAUGCUUUCUGCCCUGAAGCCAACACAGUACCAACAUGUUCAGAUGUCUCAGAGGAGUGUGUGCCGGUGUGUUUGUUGCACAAAGAAGACAGUGUGCAACUGGAUAACAGUGUCUUUAAAAAGCCUAAAGCUCCGCCCCCCUGUGUUGGACACAGGGACAGAGGGGCGGGUGUCUCCCUCAGUCCCAGUGAGGGGGCUCUGUCAGUGGACACGCCUGAUGCUGUGGCCCCUCGGAGCUCCAGGCUGGCCUGGAAGUCUCAAACAGAGGACAGAGGGGGAGGAGGAGGAGGAGGAGGAGAAGAAGAAGAGAACAAAGACCAGCUUUCAGACAGUCCUGUGUCCUCUUCAGUCUCCCGAGCCUCCAUUCGCUCCUUGUCUCCGUUCCGUCGCCACAGCUGGGAGCCGCGCAGGAACAACGGCGCUGCCGAUGUUGACAUCACACAGCGCAGCUCCAUGAAGAGUCUGUCAGAAGAGGUGAGGAGAGCCAAGCCCCCCCUCCACAGGAGAAGUAUGAGUUGGUGUCCAUCCACCCUGCUUCGUCCUGACCAGGAGCAGACAGACAACAGAAGCUACAGCCUGGAGGCUCUGCGGGGGGAGACAGGGGGGGCCCACCCUGCUGACCCCCAGGACAGGACUGCAGGCCUGGAUGGCCAGCACAGUGGCUCCCUGGUGUCCCUAACCGAGGAGGAGCAGGACGAGGACAGCCAGACAUCCCAUCAGGUACUGUCAGCGACAAACAGCUAUCCUGCCAUGUUCCAUCACCAAACCCUCACCAAAUCCAUCUCCAUGGUUGCCAUCAGUCACCGCGAUAUAGAUGCGGUCAGCUCAUUCUCCAGUAACUCGGGAACCCUGGAAUACAGUAUUUCGGAGGAGGAGCCGGGCCCUCUGCGGAGCGACACUGAGGGGAAAGGAGGGCCUAAAAUCAGUCGCACGUUCAGCUACCUCCGCAGCAAGAUGAGCAAGAAAGGCAAGGAGAAGGAGAAGGAGAGGAAAGGAGAGAAGGCACGAGAGAGUAAAGAGAGAGAAAAGAAGAGUGCCAACGGUCAUCUCUUCAUCUUGGUCAGUUCAUCUCCUUCCACCGCCGGCUGUCAGCACUGCAGCAAAGCUCUGCCCAGCAAGGAAAGCUUCCUCUGCAGCAACUGUGGAGCCAGUGUCCAUAAGAGCUGCAGAGAGAGUCUGUCUGUCUGCACAAAGAGCAAAACAAAGCAGCAGACGCCGGUGCCAGAAGCUGUUCCUGGGUCAGCUGUGAACAUGAGGAGUAAAUCGACGUCUUCGGCAUCGUCCGUGUCCUCCGCAUCGUCCUCGUCCUCCCGGGAACGCUGGACCACAGCAGCCAGCCCUGACGACCAGUUCCCUGUCCUGUUUCCGCGGAGACACCCCAGCAUCUUCAACACACACAGCAACCUGGCCAAGAGCAUCUCCACCAGCAACAUAGCAGGGUUAGAUGAUGUUCCACUCAAAGGCCUCAAGUUUCUGUCCCAGUCCACCGACUCUCUCCAUCAGGGGAGCAAAGUCAACGCCUCCACUGAGUCACUCACUGAUGAAGGUACUGAGAUGAUGGACAGUCAGCUGAUGGGAGAGUUUGAGUGGGACGUUAAGGAUCUGGAAGCUGAUUCCUGGAGUGGCACGAUGGAUAAGAAGUUCUUGAAAACGUUGAAAAAAGAUGAGAUCAAGAAACAAGACGUCAUCUAUGAGCUGUACCAGACAGAGUUCCACCAUGUGAGGACGCUGAAGAUCAUGUCUGACGUGUACUAUAAAGGCCUUCAGAAGGAGCUGCAGCUGGACUCUCACACUCUGGACAAGAUUUUCCCAGUUAUGGACGACCUGUUGGACACGCACACACAUUUCCUCACGCUGCUGCUGGAGAGGAAGAGGGCGUCUUCCACUGAGGCGCAGAAGGACAGCAGCUUCCUGAUCUGCAGCAUCGGGGACGUCCUGCUCAGCCAGUUUUCAGGCUGCAGUGCUGAUCGGAUGAAGAAGGUUUACGGGAAGUUCUGCAGUCGCCACAAUGAAGCGGUCAAUCUGUACAAAGACCUGCACGCCAAAGAUAAACGCUUCCAGGCUUUCAUCAAGAGAACGAUGAGCAGCAGCAUUGUGCGCAGGCUCAGUAUUCCAGAGUGUAUUCUGCUGGUCACUCAGAGGAUCACCAAAUACCCCGUUCUCAUCCAGAGGAUCCUCCAGCACACUAAAGACUCGGAUUCAGACCACGGCUGCGUGUGCGACGCGCUGCGCUGUGUGAAGCAGCUGAUCACGGCUGUGGACAGUAAAGUCAACGAGCAGGAGAAGAAGCAGAGGCUGAGAGAGGUGUACAGUCGCACUGACAGUAAGUCCAUCAUGAGGAUGAAGAGUGGGCAGAUGUUUGCUAAAGAGGACCUGAUCAGAGGGAGGAAGAUGCUGCAUGACGGAGCGCUGCAGCUGAAAAACUCUGCUGGACGGCUCAAAGAUGUCCAGGCCUUGCUCCUGUCUGACGUGUUGGUCUUUCUUCAGGAAAAAGACCAGAAAUAUGUCUUUGCCUCAUUGGACCAGCGCUCGACCGUCAUCUCUUUACAGAAUCUGAUAGUCAGAGAAGUGGCCAAUGAGGAGCGAGGGCUCUUCCUGAUCACGGCUGGUACAGAGAGGCCCGAGAUGGUGGAGGUGUUGGCCAGCAGCAAGGAGGAGCGCAACACGUGGAGGGCCAUCAUACAGGACGCCAUGCACUGCAUGGAGAAGGACGAGGACGAGGGCGUCCCCAGUGAGACGGAGGAAGACCGGAGGCAGCAGGAGAACCGAGCCAAGGAGAUCCGUGAGCUGCUGCGGAGGAAAGACGAGCAGAUCCUGGCUUUACUGGAGGAGAAGGUCCACAUCUUCAGAGAGCUGGGCGACUGGAGCCCCGCCCCUGACGAUCCCAAUCCACCAAUCAGGGAGCGCAUGUUGUUCAUGGCCACACCUGAUGAAGUCACAAAGGGGGAGCCGAUCAUAAAGGAUGCACUGAGAGAAGUGGAGAGCCUGCAGGGCUACGUCAGCAGCGGUGUUGGCGUUCCCGCCGGCCUGGCGGGGGGGGCCAGCGCGGGGCCCGUCUGUCUGCCCAGGAGAGCCGAGACAUUCGGAGGCUUCGACAGCCAUCAGAUGAGCAGCAGCAAGAACGGAGAGAAGGAAGAGGGGGAUGAAUCGCUGGACCUCCGCAGGACGGAGUCAGACAGCGUGUUGAAAAAGGGAGGCACUGCCAGCCUACAGAUGUUGCUGAAGAGAAACACGGAGCAGGUGCUGCACAGUGUGACACAUCUUCACGAGCUGCUGAUUGCACUACAGGCCGUGGUGCUCCAGCAGGACUCGUUCAUCGAGGACCAGCGGCAGAACCUCAGCGACCGGCUCGCCGCCACAUCCUCCAGACACUCGUCCUCUUCCUCGCUGUCGUCCACGUCCUCGUCCCGCCCCUCCUCACUCAUCGAGCAGGAGAAACACAGAAGUCUGGAGAGACAGCGACAGGAGGCGGCCACUCUGCAGAAACAGCAGGCGGCUCAUCAGGAGGAGAAGAGGAGGAGGGAGAAGGCGUGGGAGUUGAAGGAGAAGAGUCUGGCCGAGCGGGAGGAGAGGCUGAGGCUGGAGGAGGAGCAGACCAAGGAGAGGCGUCGCCAGCUGACCGAGGAGGGAGAGCUGCUGCUCAGGAAGAAAGAGGAGUACCAGGCAGAGCUGGAGAGGCUGAAGGAGGCCCAGAGGACGCUGGAGAGCGAGCAGGAGGCUCUGAGGAGAGACGCUCAGAGAUUGGAGGCCAUGAACACAGACCAGUCGGAGCAGCUUCAGAGGUACCAGCGCACGCCCUCCACCACCUCUGAAGACUCCAUAAGGUUCCACAGCUCCGGAUCUCUGGAUCUAGAUUCAAAAGAAGCAGCAGAACAGCCAAAAGGGGUGGAGGUCUCGUCCUCGGCCCCGAGCAGAGAACCUUUCCUCCGCAUCGGAUCCAAGAGGAUGGGCAAAAGCUUUAACCCCUUCUCCUCUACCUCGUCCUCCAAGCCCCAGGGAGCAGAGAAGGAGUCCCAGCUCCCCAGCAAACUACUCCAGCUGUCUAAAACCAAGGAGAAGAAAGACAAGAGGAACAAGAAGGGCAAAGGAGAGCAGACACAGACAGAAAGCAACGUUGCAGUGAUGUCGGACCCUCGCAAUGAUGGAGACAUCUUCUUCUGCUGAGGACCUGGACGAUGCACAUGUGCACUUGUAACUUUCCCGAGGAACCAGACAACCGGCCGAGCAGCAAACGGGACCCCUGACUCUCUAUUUGGAUGUACUGUAAAAUGCCCACGUGUCUCUGCUGACUGACUGGCCUCUGGACGCUGUCCCUGCCUUCCUGCCACACAGAAACGGGCCGCGUCCUCCUCCCAGAGACACACCGGGUGAAGGGUCAGUGUUGAGACGAUGAUUCAAUCAGGAGAAGAAGACUUUCCCUGCGAGCUUCCGUGUGUUUAGAGAUGGAAAGCCGAGCAGAAUCGGCCGAGCCGCGUGUCCGAUCCCGUGUCAAAGUCAAAUCUCCUCAAGACUUUACACUGUAGCUUUAACACCAACCAAUAAUGAGUGCCUUUUUCUUUCUAGCUGUGCUGACGCUAACUUUGAAUGCUUGUGGUGCUGGUGACUCCUCAGUUUCAGUUAGCAACUCGAGGAACUUUUAAUUUAAUGUGUGAUGUUUGCUUUAUAACUUUUUUUAUCAGUCAAGCUGUCAAACAGGACGGGACAUGAGGGAGUAACAGACGGCACACCGCGUGGCGUGUGUAACAGUUGGCAAACCGCCGCGUCUCAGUGGCCACACUGUGUGCUGAGGUCAGCGUUUGAGGCCACAGAACUCCAGACGCAACCAGUCAGCGCCAGGCCAGUCCCCAGAGACAUGUCUGAAUCUGGAGAGAGGUCAGGGCACGGGUCUCUGAGACAGUCUCUGCUCAGUGGAACGAAGGUGGUCCUAGCAGACGUUUUUUAUCUCCUAGAAAUUCAUUAUUUUUUGGUUGCGGGUCAUCCGAGUCAGCAUCGAGCUCCGCAGAAGAAUCCGCGAUCAUCUUUAAUUCGUCUUCCAGUGGAACAAUCACCGCUGCUCAACAGGAUCAGGAUACAAAGAUAUCUGAGCCUGCACUGUAUAUUCAUGAGAGAGUGAUGCUUCUUAUUAAGGCUCUGUCAUGUCCUAAUCAUUUCAUCAUACGUCUUUUAGUAAUUUGGUACCAAUUACAGUUAAAUAGGAACAUUCUGGAAAGAUAAGCUCCAUUUAAACCCAAGUAUAUCUCCAUUAAUUACUGCAAACUUUAUUCUUAAUAUACAUAUGUUGAACUGUUAUAUACUGAGCCCCCAAGGUCCUGAAAGAUGUAAUUCUUUGAAAUCUCAAAUGCUCAAAAUGUGUGUGUGUGUGUGUGUGUGUGUGUGUGUGUGUGUGUGUGUGUGUGUGUGUGUGUGUGUGUGUGUGUGUGUGUGUGUGUGUGUGUGUGUGUGUGUGUGUGUGUGUGUCAGGACUUUGGGGGCUCCGUAUGUAUGCUUGCUUCAACGUUUCACAUACGUUCACGUUUUCGCGAAUAGAAGUGUACCAACUGAACUAAAUUAGUACGACACCGUUCUUUGUAGUUACGUUAUUUUUUUUGGAAAUUAGGAAAUGAUUUGGAAAUGACAGAAUUGUAAAAGCAAACCUCACCCAUGAGCGCAGCAGUACAGUGUAGUUAUGUCGCAGUGGGGCUGGGUCACAAUUCAGUAUUAUUAGAUUUACAGGAUUUAUAUUGAGAGGAUAUGAUCAUCUCAUGUUAUUGCUUCUGUGGUCAAAAUGAAUCCUCCAGGCCCAUUAGAAUGAACAAACAAACAACCUGAGUUAAUAGUCUGAACAUUUGAACAUCGGUUUACUGAGCUCUACUUUUUUUUUUCUUCUUGUCAUCGGAAACAUCAGUUGACAGAACAAUAUCUCCCCUCUUCAGGAUCCCUUUAGUAGCUCUUCUUUUGACCACGUUGCACAUUGUCUUCAUCAGCAGACUGAAAUCACUGUCCGUGUUCCAACUCGCCGUGAUUCGGAGCACUUCUUGGCUUAACAACCAAUAUUGAUGACAAUCAAUUUGGAUUAUUUUACAUAUAUUUGCCUCUAUGACUUAUGUUGAUAGUUGGAACAAAAAUAUGUAUUACCCGGCGUCUUUAAAUGAGACAAUCAAAAAUCAGAGAUGACAUUCUACAUUGUGAAAAAAGUCAUAUAAGAAAAACUACUGUUUACUUGUUGGGUUUGUAAAGUGCUGCUUGUCACAUCGAUCAAUACCAAUCAUUGCAGACAGAAAGAGAGUCAUGAACGGUUGAUGAUAAUAAUAAUAAUAAUAAUGAUAAUAAUAUUAAUAAUACUGAAGAUUGUCAGAUAGUGGCUGGAGAUUUUAUUCCGCUCAGUGGAAGAGAGACGCAGAGACGGGCCUUUAUUUCCACCACCCCCCCCCCCAUCGUCUUCAUGUCAUGUUUGCUGUUGUUCAACUCUUCCUCUGUCUGUUUUCCUUCUUCUUCCCUCUAACCUGAACGCUUCAGGAGGCAAGUGGCUAAAACCUCACUCCCUUCCCCGAAGGUCUUUUAUUUUGAAAUAUAGAAUCAAUCACCGUGACUCUGAGAGAACAGUACCCAUGGAAUAAUGUUGUGGAAGUACACAUUACAUUGAAGUUGCCGUGUACGUAUGCAGUAGUGCAGUAUGUUUACUGUUUAUUUAUUUAUCGUUUGCUGUGAUUUUCAUUAUUUGAGAAUGUACAGCGUAACAAAGCCCAGUCUGAUCUCGAGUCAGACUUGUGAUGGAGGAAACAGUCCUGGACGAACUGAAUUAAUGACGUGUGAAUCAGAUUUUUACAACAGAUGGCUGUUCAAUUUGAUUGGCUAGACGAUUAGUGAGUGCAUUGGAUCCCGAGUGGACAAAGGAUGACGACCAUGUUAAACUAGAUACUAUACCUCCUCUGCACUGUACUGCAUAUGGCCCUGUUCCUCUGAAUGCAUCUGAACUCAGUAGCUGUUAAAAAGCCAACCCUUCCCCUUCAUCCAAAUAUUGUUUCUUUUCAUAUUCUCGUCCCCUCUCCAGCCCCGCUGCUGUGAUAACACACCAACACACAGUGGAUGACCUGAAGCUCUGAUUCAUCAUCUCUUACACAUCCGCACAUCAGAUCUGCUCCACAUUGAUUUUCUCCUCGUGUUCUCGGCAGCAGUCUGAAGAAAGAUAUUUCAGCCCACAGGGUCAUUUCCCGCCUUGCUGCUGAGAGGAGCAGAUUUCUACUGAAACAGAGUACAGUCACUGAUGUUUCCUUCUCUCCUCUCCUCCUCUCCUUGUGUCCUCUCCCCCCUCUCUCGCUCUCUCUCUCUCCGCUGUGUGUGAUUAUUAGCAGUGGUUGGUCUUCCUCAGUCCUUUGGUCUUCUGAUUCAGAAUUGGAAAACAGUCUUCCAGGUUCCUGCAGAUUCACAUGUUAAAAGGCAAUAUAUUUCAAAAUAAGUGCAAUAUAUUUCUACAGUAUCACACCACGUUAAUAUAAUGUGUUGGCGAGACGUGCCUUAAAAGUUUUUUUUUGUACAACAACCUACAGUCGGGGGUCUCUCAUUAAUACGCCACUUCCCACGCACAGGGGUCAGGUUUCCCCACGCUGUGUGCGAGAACAGGCCGAAAUUAUAAUUCAAUUUUGCAGGAAUUCACCAGCGUCUCAGAAGUUUUUAGCUUUUUUCCCCGCCCGUCGUCAUGAUUCACCCUAACGAAAGAACAACUGCCAGGGUCAUUAACAUACUGAUCAGCAUUCAGGAGGUGCUUUGCAUUGACUCUUUAUGGUUAAAAACGGGCGUGCACAGGGCGGGAUGAGAGGCUGAUUCACGUACGCACACUUUUGGGUAAUCUGUGAUUUAUAAAAGGAACAUUGCUUACAGAUGUGUGUACGCACGGCUUUAUAAAUCAGAAUUUUUUUUUUGGCAUACGCCUUUUUGGGCUUUUGGCCGUAAGUACACUUUUAGUAAGGAUCCUACGCACAGUUUUUAAGUCCAAAGGGAGAGAAAGGUAUUUUAUAUUUUGGUUUGAGGAUGGUGCCCCCUGUAUUAAUUAUUAACCAGUCAAAGUGACUCAGUGACUUCAUUCAUCACUUCAUUCAUCAUUGUAUUUGCAACGACUAUCAUUGUUCCAUCGUCAGCUGGCAGGACGCAGCGCGAGCCUCAGGCCGACUUUAGCUUCCUAGCUAAUGUCUGUCCUCUACGGACAUGUCUUAUGUCUCACAGACAUCCAGCAGAGAAAACAGGGCUGCUGACAAGAGAGCCUGGAAGACUUAGAGAGCUAAUCAGUUUUACUCAGUUGACAUGAAAUCAUGUAGUCCUUAUUCUUAAACACCACUGCCAACAAAAACCACUGUCUGUCCUCAGCUUUAAGCUCCAUUUAGCAGCAGCAGCCAGUUUCAAAGCUGGAUAUGGUGUCCUGGCUAAAGGAGCACUUUGUGAUAGAUUGUCGUCUUCCUUUUAGUGAUCCAAAUAUUAAGAAUACAUGUAAAAAAUCACUUUGGUGUGCAGAUUGUGAGUUCAGUUGGACUGAAGAUUGAGGCUGGCAUGUGCAAGCAGUAGAUAACAUGUUAUAAUGUAUCUUUGCGAACACUGUUCUACAUUUCAAGCUAAAGGCACUAGGGAUGAGUUCUGUUUCCAGAGUAGAAAUCCCAGCAGCACUGCCACCCCCCCCCACCCCUACCACCACCACCCCCCACCCCUCUCUCUCUGAUCCAGAUAUCCUUCAGUGGGUUUCAGUGUCCCUGAGUGGUUUAUUCUUCUGUGUCCAGUCAGAGGAGGUAUAUGUCGGGCUGUUCUCCAUUGGUUCUCCUUGUACACCUAUACAGCUCAGUUCACAAUCUGCAGCUUUUGGAUGUCGGAAACAAAAUAAGCUAAAUGACAGAAACGGUGUUUGAUCAUAGAACAUGGUGGUGGUUUGGGGCUCCACGGUGUUUCCCACUCAGCGUGCACCAGACUGCUACUAAAACCACUCAUACGGACUUUUACUAACUCACAUUAGACCUUACAGUUUUUGAACUGUAAGCUUUUUUUAAAUGUAUUUGUACUGUAAACAAAAAGGUACAAAGUUUAUUUUUCGCAUUUUGUGUACAAAGAAAAAAAAGGGCAACACAAUACAUUUUGUAAAUAUGUUUUAUGUACAAAUCUGAACUUCCAAAGUACUGAUAAUUGUGGAUUUUGUUUAGUUGGAUGAUUGUUUUUUUUUAAUAAAUAACAAAGGUUUAUUUAUCUGUCCUCUAAAUGUAAAGUCUUCUUCUCUCUUCAAUAAAUAACCGUGCCGUUUGUCACGCAACA